AUGAAAUUACUCGACAAGAUCGUGGCAAAAGAUUACAAAGCUGUAAGCGAUUUCGAUGAAAUGUUAAAAGAGCGGUUUGUUGAAGUCAUUCGCGAUUCAUCUCUCCGAAGAGAGAUUAGACGUUUUUCGUUCGAACAGAAAUCUAUGCCUUUUGGUGAAUUUAGACAAACAGUGUUACGAUGGUCCGAAGAUUACAAGAGUGAACCACUAGGUAAGUCAUGCUCAGUACAUGAAACUAGCAUUCAAGAGAGUAUGAAAACAAAAGUGACAAAAUCACAUGAUGAUGGUCAGUUAUCAGAGAUUCUUGAUAUUCUUAAGUUGCAACAAAAGCAAAUUGAUGAAAAUCAAACAGAGUUAAAGAAAUUAUCAGAAGAGGUUAUGAGAAAAGUAAAUCCACAGUUUGAAACCAAACCUUUGCAAGGAAGACAAUUUCCUAAAGUCAAACAAUCCCAUUUAACAUGUUUCCGUUGUGGCGGAAAGGGACACAAAGUACAAGACUGUAGUACUCAGUUAGAAAACAACAAUCCUCCACGUAAAGCUGAACCUAAAUUAAUUGACGUUACGAAGUGGAUGAAAGUGUCUGACGCCAAUCACUUACCGAUACCAUACAUUGGUUACAUUGAGGUAGUGAUAGACACUGCUCAUGGACGUGUACCAAAUGUUGGAAUACUGGUGGUUAAGGAUACCUCAGACCAAUAUGUUUACGGUUCUCAGAGAUCUAGUUUUGUCAAAGUUGCGGGUCAAGAUCCUAUUAAAAUUCCUGCAAAUUCAAUGAAAGUUGUUUUAGGUACUGCACGUCAGACGUCCGAGAACUUCAAUGGUCUGGUCCAAGCUGUCCAUGGCAAUAAUGGUACUCUACCGAAAAACAUCUUAGUGAUAGAUACCUACGCAGAUAUAGAGAAUGGUAUUAUUCCAGUUCGAGUCGUUAACAUCGGAGAUGAAGAUGUUUGGUUAAAUCCAAAAACCAGGAUCGGUAUCCUUCAUGACGUCAAAGUUGAGUACGCUGCUCAGCCCAACUGCCAAGCAGAAAUUGAGGUAAGUACUCAAGAAGUUCAAGUACACAUUGAAAAUAUUCAUGAGAACUUAGAAAGGGUAGAUGAUGUCAAAGCAGUAGUCAGCACAGAUAAAGCCAUUCAAAUUCAUGGUGUAGAAGUAGAUGUUGGAGGAAUCAUAUCAGAUGACGAGAAAGAAAGGUUGGUAUCAGUUCUGAAUAAGCAUCAGGACGUUUUCUCUAAAAACAGCGACGAUCUGGGUUCUACCGAUACGGUGAAACACCAAAUACUUACCACAGAUGAAGUUCCUGUUAAAUUGCAACACAGACGUAUACCUCCUAAUAAAAUCGAAGAAGUUCAGUUGCACAUUCAAACUCUAUUGAAACAAGGUAUUAUUAGACCCAGUACAAGUCCAUAUGGAGCCGCUGUUGUAUUAGUACGCAAGAAAGACGGUACAUUACGUCUUUGCGUCGACUAUCGGCGACUAAAUCUCAAAACAAUCAAAGAUGCAUUUCCAAUUCCCAGGAUCGAGGAGGAAUUAGACGCACUUCAUGGCGCUAAAUUCUUUUCUACAUUAGAUCUAGCACAAGGUUUCUAUCAGGUACAGAUGAAUGAGCAAUACCGCCAAAAAACGGCAUUCAGAGUUGGUCCCUUGGGUCAUGUUGUUAGCGAAGACGGUGUCAAAGUUGACCCAGAGAAAAUUUCUGUAAUCAAAGAAUGGAAAACGCCUCAAACAGAAAAAGAAUUGCGUUCCUUUUUAGGCCUAGCUGGGUACUAUCGCAAAUUUAUAAAAGGGUUUAGUCAAAUUGCUGCUCCUCUUCAUGCUGUACUGUCUAAACAAGAGAAAAAGACCAAAGUUUUAGGUUUUCCAAACUUCAGCUCUCCAUUUAUCGCAGAAACAGAUGCCAGUUUCGAUGGUUUGGGUGCAGUUUUGAGUCAACAGCAGGAGUCUGGAAGAGUCGUGAUCGCCUAUGCAUCUAGAAGCCUUAGACCAGACUGUCAGACAAUUACAACGGACAAAGAACUAAUUCCUAUGUUUCCUGAAUACACUUCAGACGAUUUACGGAAACUGCAGGUGGAAGAUCCAAAGAUCAAUAGAGUGCUUCACUGGAUGGAGAUUGGUCACAAACCAACAUCACGUUAA